UGCGGUGAAUUCUCUAGGUUGUCUCCUUAUUUAGAAAGCCCUCCGUAAUUAGUUCUCUUGUUAUGGCAAACGAAAACAUUUCUGAAGGAGAGCCAGCUAGGGUUUCGAAAAGUCGUCUGCGAUCGAGGUAAAUCAACGAAGAUUUAUUCCUUUAGCUAUUUCUUCGACCGAAUUUUCCAAAUUUAGGGGUGAGAACUAGCUAGGGUUUCGAUUUUGUGGCGCACGCGAUCCAAAUCCCCCAACAUCCGACCUGGUAUACCUGGAUUUCUGCGACUCCGAGCUAAUAAUUGGAUAGUCUCGAUCGAAAUACAUUCGGCAUUAGGGUUUCGUCAGGAGGAGGAAGCCUCGUGGUGUCGACUUCAAUAGAAUAGAAGAAACCCUUAAAAUCUUGAUUAAAGACAGAUUCUUGUCGCUUAUAAUUCGGUAUUUAGUUAAGAGGAUUCAAUUCAUCUGAACAAGAUUUCGUUAUUGAAUCUUUGUGGAUUAGGUGUUGGAUGUUCGGGAAGGUUCGAUCUUUGAUGUGUUAGGGACUUCGUCUCUGGUAGCCAUGCCAACCUUCACGGCAAUCGCCUUGGAUAGGCUUUUGGAACCCGGUGCGUCUCGAAACACCACCAUGAAACCUCCUCUGGCGCCGGUGAAGCUGGAGAAGGCGCCUCCGAGCCCAUCUGGAAAGAAAAGCAAUCGUCGUCCCAAUGUUUCGCCGGCGCUCUAUGCCACUCCGGAGACCACUCCCCUUCCCGACUCGCCGUCUUCUUACCCUCCGUCCCCGUACAUCAUCAACCACAAGAGGCGUGGGCCUCGCCUUCUCAAGAGCUUCUCCCAGAACGAUGUCGCUGGGUCCCUGCCAGCGCCGCCACCUGAAGUGGAGAAGAAGAUCGAAAUGGUGAAUGGAAAGGGUGUCGAAGAGACAUCUGGUUUUCAUGAUGAGAAGCUGGAAGAGGAACAAAAAGAUGUGGAUGGAAAUGGAAGUCGAGGUGAAUCUGUCUCAAUCGAACUUCAUCAGGGGAAGCUUCAAGAUGUUGGUUUUAGUGAUGGAUCUAUUGCAUCUAAAGAAGUGGCAAAGCCUGUUGCCGUUGAUCCAGAGAAAGAUGGGGAGAAUGAAGAUUUCUUUGAUCCGCAAGACUCUUUAAGCACAUCGAGUAAUACUGACCUUGAGGAGCGGUGGAAGCCAAGUACCCCUUUAGGGGAGUAUUUUGAUGCCUUUGAAGAUAUUUCUAGUGAGGGUGCCUCACAAUCUGCAUGUCUAAAUGAUGAGGAUGAACUGCAUGAGAUGAGACUCAAUUUAUUGUUGGAAAUUGAAAGGAGGAAGCAGGCAGAAGAAGCACUUAAGAACUUGCAAAACCAAUGGCAGAUGCUCAGUCAUCACCUCUCACUUGUGGGAUUGAGGCUUCCUGACCCCCCAAGCAUGACAGAAGAGAAGGAUGAACAAUCAUGUGUUGAUCCUGCAGAGGAAUUGUGCCAACAAAUUGUAAUUGCACGGUUUGUGGCGGCUUGUUUGGGACGGGGUUGUUCCCGUGCUGAAGCUGAGCAGGAGUUGGAACCUCAGAUCGAGGCAAAGAACUUUGAGAUAGCAAGGUUGUGGGAUCGGCUUCAUUAUUAUGAAGCUGCAAACAGGGAGAUGUCUCAAAGAAAUCAGGAAGCUGUUGAAAUUGCACGGCAACAGCGGAAUAGGCGGAAGAAGAGGCAGAAAUGGAUUUGGGGUUCAAUUGGUCUUGCUGUUACCCUUGGUGCUGCAGCCAUUGCAUGGUCCUAUUUUCCAGUAUCAAAGCCUUCACCACCUGACGGCAAUACGAUAGACAGCCAUGAACACUGAAAUCAGCCAAACGCCAAUAGUCAGCUGCUUCAAUCAGUACAUAUCUUUUCUCCAACAGGAAUAAUCUACAGGGCCAGUUAAAGUUGUACAAGAUAUAUGAGGUUUCUCCGAUUACCGAUGGCAAACAGGAGCCUUUUUAUUUGCUCUCUUGUGUAUAAUGUGCAGGGUCCAGUUCAAGUUGGGGCUUGGUCUUGUUAAGUGCAACAUAUUAUUCUUCUUUUACUGCUUAAGUAAAUAAUACUUGUCGAAGAGCAUAUCAAAAGGUGAGCUUUGUGCAUUUCUAUGUCUUCUAUUGCAACC